AUGGCGGCUCUUAUCGCUCACCGGAUGGAGUCGCAGUUGUCCCUCGUGCUGCGACUCGCAAUCAUGCUGCUCCCAUGGACCGCGUAUUCCGGCGCCAAUUGCGGAGGCGUUCAGCUGGCGGCGGCGCAGACAGACUGCCCGCUGAUUGGUCAGGGCAUCGACCCGUACACAGCGGGGAUCGUGGCGGAAAAGCCUAAAGUGUUUCUCUCCGUCCUGCUCAAGAAACUCGUCACCGUCGACGCCGUAAAGUACAGCUACAUGGCGUAUUUCCAAAUUGUCUCCACGUGGCGCGACCCUCGAGUGAACGACACGCUGGCGAUAAACAACGCGGUGAACGCGUUCGGGCCGGCCAUAACGGGACUCGCCACAGCCAAGUGCAAGCCGGACGUGACGUUUUCGGGGUUUAACAUCAGCCAGAAGGACGAGUGCCUCAAGACGCCCAAGCAGAACAACCUGCCGCAGAUGGACGGCUGCAAUAAGCCGUGCACGCCGUCCGGCACCACGUGCUGCGACUCCAUCUGGAUCCCCUCGCUCACCAUCGACAAUGUUCUUUUCUACCCCCAAGACCGCUUCCAAACAGAGAGCAUCUAUUUCUUCGGGCAGUACAGCAACGAGGCCAGCUCCGUCGACAGAGAAGUUGUCGUUGGAGGCGAGUUUUCGUCACCCCUCAGCUUCAAGAAGUUUCCUCUUGACUCUCAGACGCUGCGGCUGAGCAUUCAGGUGGAGAGUGGGGAGUUUGUCCUGGUGGGGAGCAAUUCAGGGCGGCAGUCGGAGCAGGGGGGCGGGAACCUGGGGGGAGGGGGAGGCACGUACGUGAAUGAUGAGGUCACAGGCUGGAAGAUCAACGGCGUGGGCCUCAACUGCACUCCCUCCCAAAUUACCGUCUCCACCUCCGCCACCUACCAUCCCGAUGACCCCUGGUACGCAUUCUCUCAGAAUUCCCCGUCAGGCAGCGGCAGCAGCAACGUGAACGAGUCGUCGUCGUGUGUGUUCACCAUCCAGAUCUCGCGCACCAGUGGCGUCUUCAUCAUCUCGAUUGUCGUGCCUGUGAUGCUGAGUGUGUAUCUCUGCUUCUCCGUCUUCUUUGCUCGCCCCGACGACCUUGAGACUCGAUCCGCCACCUUUGUCACGCUCUUCCUCGCCCUCUCAGCCGUGCAGUUUGUCAUUGACAGCCAGCUGCCGCGCUCAUCAGUGAUGACGCAGUUUGGCUAUCUGGUCAUCAUCUCAUACGUCUUCAUCUCGCUCACCGCCCUCGAAACCCUUAUUGUCUACGUCAUUGCCGAACGGCUGGAGAAGGAUGUGGUUGAGACCGUGGGGGACAUGGCGGCGGCAGCCACACGCACCUCGUGGAACUCCCGUACUGAGCCAGAGGCCGAAAGCCCACCCAAGGUGGAGAGUGCGUGUGCGGUUGUCUCCAGCAAGGCUGAAGGCACAGGGGAGGAGAGUCAGGAGCUGUGUCUGGUGCUGACAGAUGAGGAUGAUGAGGAGGUGGGGGACACCAAGAGUGCAGCCUGCAGUGGGGGAGGAGAGAAGCCCCUAGCGGCCUGCCUGAACCCCGAAAAGCCGCCACUUCAGAGAGCGGAGGGCCCUACCUGGAAAUUUAGCCUUUUCGGGUACCACCUCAAGCCUGCCGACGAGGAGCACGCUGGUGAAGGCAACUACACUCUCGCAUCUAGGAUUGACUUCGUGUGCUGUGUUCUCUUCUUCCUUGGCUACACUCUCACUGUCAUUCUGCUCUACACUCUCUAG